AUGGCUUCGACGCACCUAUCACACUUGGACCCCUGUGUCUCAUUCGUUCGGAGGCAUUUGGUCUUCGCCGCGGCGCACUGGGCACAAGCGGCGCCCCAAGUCGCAGUGGGUGCGGCCCGCCGCCGUUCCGGCUGGGGGCUGCUUGGCGAUAGGGACGGUGACGCCGAGAACGAGGCGGUGGAAGCCAUAUUCCCUACAGGGCGUUAUGCAAAGCGGUCUCUCGGGGAGGAAGAUGUAUCUGCUUCUCCGGGUAUUGCGGGGUUUUCCGUUAUGGCGCACGGCGGACCAGAGGCGGCGAUUCGGAGAUUCAACAAAGAAGAGGCAGCCAGCCCCGGGGUCGCCGGGAAGAUAAAUGAUGAGAGGUCGGGUUUCUCGCGAGGAGCAUCAAGUUGGACCUCCUAUCUCCCGCUCGCCAUAUCUCCGACCCGAUGUCAGUUGCUUUUCAACGCCUUUGCAGAAGUCCCCUCAUGA